UCAUCUUCAAUCCCCUAAAAGCUAAACCAACACUAUCAUUAUAGAUUAUCAAAACCAGAGCCAAAUCUUUUCUAGGGUUUACUUGUACUGUUCCCCCACACACUACAUCAGAGAUUGACUGAUUGAUUGCUGAAAUUGAUGAUGGCGACGACGACGACCGCCUUGGAAGGAGCCAGCAAUGGAGGGAUCUUGUACCAUGAGGUGCAAGAAUCCAAGCUUUGCGCUGUACAUUGCGUGAACACGGUUUUACAGGGCCCUUUCUUCUCCGAAUUCGAUUUGGCCGCACUCGCUUCUGAUCUCGAUCUCCAAGAACGCCAGGUGAUGAUCCAAGGUGGUGCUGCCAGCUCUGGAGAUUUCCUCUCUGAGGAGUCCCAUAACGUCUCUUUGGACGGUGAUUUCAGUAUUCAGGUUCUAGAAAAGGCUUUGGAGGUUUGGGAUCUCCAAGUCAUCCCCCUUCAUUCUCCGGUUGCUGAGCCUGCUCAGAUUGACCCUGAGCUAGAAAAUGCCUUCAUUUGUCAUUUGCAUGACCAUUGGUUCUGUAUCAGAAAAGUCAACAGAGAGUGGUACAAUUUUGACAGUUUGUAUGCGGCCCCAAUGCACCUCUCCAAGUUUUACCUCUCAGCUUAUUUGGACACUUUGAAAGGCUCUGGUUGGAGCAUUUUUCUGGUGAGAGGAAACUUUCCAAAGGAAUGCCCCAUUUCAGCUUCCGAAGCUUCUAAUGGUUAUGGCCAGUGGCUUUCACCAGAAGAUGCAGAGAGAAUAACGAAAUCCGUGAGCUCCUCUACCCAGGUUCCAUCUGAGAAGCCAAGUUUGAAUCAACAACCAUCUGAUCUAUCAUAUGGUGAAGCAGAAAUGCUUUCUCAGAUGGAAGAUGACGACUUGAAAGCUGCAAUAGCUGCAAGCCUAAUGGAUUCCGCCCCAGCCUCGAGCAAAUCUGAAGUUGUAGCUUCUUCUCAAGAUGAAAACCAAAGCAGCAAAGAUAAAGUUGAAUAAGAAAGAUUCCUCAUAAGAUUUUUUAAUUUGUCAUAUAAUGAUUGGAGAAGACAAUGAUCCAUGUUGGUGGUUAAGUCAGUCGAAUUCGCAUCCUUGGCGCGAAGUCAAUUGUAUUUUGGAGGGUAUACGUCUGCAUUCUGCAAUCUGCAUCAUACUUUUUGUUGAGUCUACAUUGAAGUUUAUUUCCACUGUAAAACGAAAACUAAUAAACUCCCCAACUUUGCAAUGGAUGAUCAUAUUUUAUGGGUUUUGCCAAUCAACCAUUGUUGUUAAUGGUUAUGGCUGAGUUUCAUUA